CAGCCGCACCAGCUCGCCACAACCCACCGAACAGGGAACAAAACAUUACCGGCUUUGGGCGCGUUAAGAACGAGUGAUAAUGUCCGCCCCGUGUAUGCGCUCUCACAAUUUCAUCCCUUGAGACGCCUCCGCAUCUUCUCGGCCUCUCCUUCUUCUUCAUUUCGAUCUGGUGAUAAUGAGGAAGUAAAAACGUCUUAAAACAUCUUUCCUGAACUCUCACAGACUCAAAUAAACUGAAAAUUUGAAAGGUGGACCAAUUCAGUUACCUUAUAACAAGCACGUGGCAGCCCUCGCCCUCGUUUGCGUUAUCAAAUGCCCAAAAACAGCAAGGCCGUCAAGAGAGAGCUUGACGACGAUGUCACUGAGUCGGCCCGGGACCUGCUUUCCAACGAGGACGCCUGCAAUGAUUCCUUCAAAAAGAGCUCGCUGAUCAUCGGCGGCCAUGACGGUGACGGCAAGGAGCGUGAUGUAGAGGAGUGCGGCUCUGACGCCGACGAGGAGGAGGAGGAGCGGCCGGCCUGGAACAGCAAGCUGCAGUACAUCCUGGCCCAGGUGGGCUUCUCCGUAGGCCUCGGGAACGUCUGGAGGUUUCCCUAUCUGUGCCAGAAGAAUGGAGGGGGGGCGUACCUGGUGCCCUACUUGAUCCUGCUGGUGUUGAUUGGCAUCCCGCUUUUUUUCUUGGAGCUGGCCGUGGGUCAGCGCAUUCGUCGGGGCAGCAUCGGCGUGUGGAACUACAUCAGCCCUCGGCUGGGGGGUCUCGGCUUUGCUAGCUGCGUGGUGUGCUUCUUUGUGGCGCUUUACUACAACGUCAUCAUCAGCUGGAGCCUCUUCUACUUCUCGCAGUCCUUCCAGCAACCGCUACCGUGGCACGAGUGUCCGCUGGUCAAGAACAAGAACAGCACAUAUGUGGUGCCUGAGUGCGAGAAGAGCUCGGCCACCACCUACUACUGGUACCGCGAGGCCCUUGACAUCUCCGACAGCAUCUCCGAGAGCGGAGGACUCAACUGGAAGAUGACGCUGUGCCUGCUGGCCGCUUGGUCCAUGGUCUGCCUCGCCAUGAUCAAGGGCAUCCAGUCCUCCGGAAAGGUGAUGUACUUCAGCUCGUUGUUCCCAUACGUGGUGCUGAUCUGCUUCCUGGUGCGCUCGCUGCUCCUGGAGGGCUCCAUGGACGGGAUUCGCCACAUGUUCACGCCCAAGCUGGAGAUCAUGCUGGAGGCCAAGGUGUGGCGCGAGGCGGCCACGCAGGUGUUCUUCGCGCUGGGCCUGGGCUUUGGCGGCGUCAUCGCCUUCUCCAGCUACAACAAGCGCAACAACAACUGCCACUUUGAUGCCGUGCUGGUGUCCUUCAUCAACUUCUUCACGUCCGUGCUGGCCACCCUGGUGGUGUUCGCCGUACUCGGCUUCAAGGCCAACAUCAUGAACGGCAGAUGUGUGGCGCUCAACAGCAACAGGAUUGCAGAUCUGCUGGGCAACGGCAUCGACGCCAACCUGAUCCCCAACCACAUCAACCUCAGUCACAGGAUGAGUGUGGACGACUACCGUCAAAUGAUUGACGACAUCAAACGUGUCAAGGACAACUUCGCCAAACUCGGACUGGACUCCUGCAACAUCGAGGACGAGCUCAACAAGGCGGAGCAGGGCACAGGCCUGGCGUUCAUCGCCUUCACGGAGGCCAUGACGCACUUUCCUGCCUCUCCCUUCUGGUCGGUGAUGUUCUUCCUCAUGCUGGUCAAUUUGGGCCUGGGCAGCAUGUUCGGCACCAUCGAGGGCAUCCUCACGCCGCUCAUCGACACCUUCAAAGUGCGCAAGGAGCUCCUGACCGUGGGUUGCUGCGUGCUGGCCUUCCUCAUCGGUCUGGUGUUCGUGCAGCGCUCGGGCAACUACUUCGUGACCAUGUUCGACGACUACUCGGCCACGCUGCCGCUGCUCAUCGUGGUCAUCCUGGAGAACUUGGCCAUCGCCUGGUUCUACGGCAUCGACAAGUUCUUCGAGGACCUGAAGGACAUGUUGGGCUUCACGCCAUACCGCUUCUACUACUACAUGUGGAAGUACAUCACGCCCAUCCUGCUGCUGCUGCUGCUGGGCUCCAGCUUCAUCCAGCUCAUCAUAACGCCGCCCGGCUACAGUGCCUGGAUCCAGGAGGAGGCCAAGGAGCAGAAGCUGGGCUUCCCUCCGUGGGGCGUGGCAGUGUGCAUCUCCCUGGUGCUCGUGGCGGUGCUGCCCGUGCCAGUGGUCUUCGCGCUGCGCUACUUCAACGUGAUCAACGACGGCACCGCCGGCAUCUCGGCCGUGUCCUACAAGAAGGGGCGCAUCAUUCAGGAGAGCGGCGCGCCCUGCGAGGGCGACGCCGCCAGCCUCCUUCACGGCAAGGCCGCGCCCAGCGAGGCGCCCUCGCCCAUGCCCGCCAACGGCAUCUACCGCAAGCCGAGCGGCGGGGGUAGCGACGCGGACGCCGCGUCCAACGGUCUGCACGUUAUCGGCUACCUGAUGGCCGACGUGCCGGACAUGCCAGAGUCGGACUUGUAGAGCGCCCCCCUUCUUCCCGUCUAGUCGUCCGUGUGUGUGUAUCGCAUACUCCUUGUUAAACAGCCUAGCUGCUUUAUUUUUUAUCAUUUCUUCUUUGUCGUCUCUGAACCUUAACAUGUUAAAACAACCAAGCAAGGGGUGGGAAUAGACACACAGGUCAAUUCAUUAAGUACACCAUCAGGGACCGAGCCCGACUGGGAAUAGCGGAAAACUGAGUAAUUGAUGCCCCCUGAGAAAGGUUUACAAUUGCCUAUAGAUGCUACGAGAUGGUGCCAAAGCCCUACUUUUCAAUUAUUCAAAGCUUUGACAUCUAAUAAAAGCUCCUCCCCUCACUUCGACAUAGUUCCUUGGCACCAAAAUAUCACAAAAUGGCUCCAAUGCACUCCUUUUCCACAGGGUUUUGGCGCGUCUAAUGGUAACAUCUCCCUUCUGUUCAGCAUAGUUCGUCACCACCAAGAUGCCAUAAGAGGGCGCCAAAGCACUUUUUCUAUUGGACAGGGCUUUUGCGGAAACUUAGCGAGUUUCAGAGAGGGCACCGAAACAGUGAUUAGGCGAGUUUUUUAGCGACUAACCGAGGAUAGUCCCCACCCACCCACCCAAAAAAAAAAAAAAAGAUCAGUGAAGAGGUGAAUUUGUUGUCGUUGAAUUUGCGAGUAGCGAACAAAAAUCACUCACCAAACUGACAAAAUUAUUUGGAUGGAGCUCUGACUUUGUCCAUGUAGCCAUUGAACAAAUGUAUAUUGUUUACAGUGCUCGUAGCAUUUGUAGGUUAAAUGCUUUUAUGACAAUUUCUCUGGGCUUUUAGAAUUGCAUCAAAUGCUUCAGUGGGCCGUGUAAAGGCCCACAGGUCUUAGGUUGAAAUGAUGUAAUAAAAGCAUGUUUUUGCCUGAAAAUGUCAAAAAUGCAGCCGUAGGUUGCCCAUCCUGACCUAUAUUAAAUGUAUUACUGACAAACCACAUUGACACAAGCGUCAUGUUAAAGGUCUUGAGCGUUUUCCAGAUCUAUUUUGUCAAUCUUGAGAUUGUGAAACUAAAUAUUGAAAAUAUGAAAACUGUUAACUUCAAAAACACUUGACAUUCAACAUAGAGAUCAGGUAUGGGACAACAUUUUCAUAUUUGUUUAUAGAGAAUUGCCAUGCAAUUAGCAUCAAAUGCUCUAUGGGGCCCCGCAUAUGGCCCACAAGCCUUAGGUUACCCGACCCUCUUCUAAUUCAAAGUUUACUAGGUCAAAAAUCAAUCCAUAAACCCCCCCGGAGUCAUACGUCAUAUGAAAGGCCGAGACGAGUGCAUCCCAGGUGUGCCAUUAUUUCCUCCAUUUUUACCUCGAGAGAGGAAGAAAUGGCGGGAAAAAAGGAACACUUCAAGCAAUUUUGUAUUGGAAUUCAUUCGGUGUACCUAAUGUAGUUUCUGGUGAGCGUUUCCCACCGCACAUUCAUACCCCCGACGCCACUUACUCGAUCUUUCAAAUCCCCCCUCCUUGCUGCUGAAAAAGAGUGUGUGAGCAAUAAGGUGGACGUGCCACCGAGCCUACGCAAAGAGGAAGCAGUCUGCAAGAAGGUGUACACGCACGCGCGCAAACGUGUACAUUGAUAAAGUCCCACGAUUGUCCGACGAUGUCAUUUAUAGAAUACGCCAUGUCUGUAUAGUUAACGGUAUUCUGUAAAUAUAUAAAUAUAUUUAUCUGCCUUAUUUGGAUUAGUGUUUGUAAGGUUCAGUCAUGAAAUCAUUAACGUCAUUGUUUUUUUUUACUAAUGUGUUUGUGAGGGCCGAGUCCUCGUCCUUGUAAAUAGUUUGAAACCAUGCAGCAGAGAAAUGUCUUUCCCCUCUUCCUCCUCUUCUACAUUCAACAUUAAAUAUGAUCCAAAAA